UGCAAAGGGAAAGCGGACUGGGUGCAGAGCAUCAUCCAGGGCAGGGCGAGACGAGAUGUUUACUCCUUGUGAUUUUCUGGAGAAAUAUUAGCCACACCGCCGCCGCCAUGCCGUAGACAACCCGCCGGGCGUGUAGAUGAAGCCUAACGGGGACUACAGCAGGGAGGAAGCGGGGUGGCUGUAACCGAGUGGAGGGAGGAUGUACUGGGCUGCUGGCUUCGCCUCAUCCCGGCCGUGUGUGGUUGAACUCGGGCGGAAUCACAGCCUGCCCCUCGGGCUGUGCGGCUCCGAGCAGCAGCAGUCUUUGUAUGGCUAUAUCAUCGCCUUCCCUCUACAGGACUACGGGGGCAUCAUGUCGGUUCUGGGCUCGGACUCCUGGUGGAAGAAGACUCUGUACAUCACCGGGGGGGCCCUGCUGGCUGCUGCAGCCUACCUACUGCAUGAGCUGCUCGCCAUCAGGAAGGAGCAGGAGCUGGACUCUAAAGACGCCAUCAUCCUCCAUCAGUUCUCCAGGCCAAAGAAUGGCGUGCCCAGCCUCUCACCCUUCUGCCUCAAAAUAGAGACAUACCUGCGCAUGGUGGACCUGCCCUACCAGAACUACUUUGAUGGGAAGCUGUCGCCACAGGGUAAGAUGCCCUGGCUUGAGUACAACCACGAGCAGGCUUCAGGGUCAGAGUUCAUCGUGGACUUUCUGGAGGAGAAGCUGGGUGUCAACCUCAACAUUAACCUCACCCCGCAGGAGAAAGCUGUGUCCCGAGCUGUCACCAAAAUGGUCGAGGAGCACCUGUACUGGACGAUAGCCUACUGCCAGUGGGUGGACAACCUGGAGGAGACUCAGAAGCUUCUGGCGAUGAGCGGCCCCCUGAGUGACACACUGAAGUGGCUGCUGAGCCACCUGAAUGGCAGCAUGGUGCGCAGGGAGAUGUACGGCCAUGGCAUCGGACGCUUCUCGAAGGAGGAAGUCUAUGCACUGAUGGAGAAGGACAUGAGGACGCUGGCCACGCUGCUGGGAGAUAAGAAGUACUUCAUGGGCUCUAAGAUGUCGACAUUAGAUGCUACAGUGUUCGGGCAUCUUGCCCAGGCCAUGUGGACUCUGCCUGGGACACGACCAGAGCAACUCAUCAAAGGAGAGUUGAUCAACCUGGCAAUGUUCUGCGAGCGGAUGCGGAGGAGGUUCUGGCCCGAGUGGUUCGUGGAGGUGGAGGAUAUUUAUUUUGACGGAGACAGUGAGAGCAGCGGCGGCGGCAGCGGUUCACCUACAGGCUUGCUGGACUUUGGCCUCUUCUCCAGGACUGACACUCUGGACGACAGCGACGGCAGCUGCCACUCAGCCGGACACACACACACACACUCCCCUGAUUCUGACCACUCGCUCUUUGACUCAGAUGUGGGCACGGGAUCUGACAAUGACAUUCAGCUUAAGGAGGAUAUAAUGCCCGACCUGGAGGUUUGACCUGAGAAUGGAUGCGACUGAGACUGACAGGAGAUGAGAACUGUGUCGGUUAGCUUGAAAAAUCUGGCAGUCUGGACAGGUUGCCAGAUGGCAGCUCUCACAGCUGAAGAAACUAUUCCAGCUCCUCCACCUCUAAACGAUAUACCUUCCUGAUGGACAGACUGGGUAUUAAUAUGCAGAGCAUUCAAACUGAACCUCAUAACACACAUGCUACUGUAUGGUUUGCCCCCUCCUGUAACAUCAGAACUGUCCCAGUGGCAGUUUCUCUUUGCCUUAUUUGUCUUGUCCUAAGAUACAGAAGCUGGUGCGAAAGGUUAACACAAAAGAAACAUCUCAUCUCAUGAAAAGCGCGGCAACGACAGAGGAGCAGUGCAGACAAGACAGGUGGCACUUCGCUUGCUGUGAAACGACGCAACUAAUCACCACUCUGCCAUGUGUCUUAACGCACAAACCCAUUCGAACAGGUGGAGAUUGAUCGUGUGGCUGAAAGUAACAGCUGCCGUGUCUCGGCUGUUAACCAUCCGUGUGCUGGAGAGGAAACACAGAUGACAUCGAGUGCCAGUCCAUGCUCUAGAUUGAUCCUUGUGUCAUUUCCUUUAUGCUACUAUAUGUGGGGAGAAUCUAUAUCAAAACAUAAUGUAUGUCUCCAUCUGAAGACCACAAGCCGAGAUGUACUCAGAGGGAAAGAGGAGCAGAUUUGUGCCUGUUUUAUUCACUGGUUAUUGUCCUUCUUUCCCCCCAUUUAGUAAUUAUUUGCUUGCACUUUGUUAUGGGGAAGUUGGAGCUUUCAAUCACUGGUUUUAAUACCUCUUUGCUUUUAGUAACAAGCUGUAAUUCACACAUUUGACCACUAGAUGGAGGCAGCAGUCAGCCUGACGCCUCCUUUAUUCUGUAACAUCAAGGUCAUUCAACCCAGUGGACCUGCAGUCCAUUAAACACAGCAAAUAAUUUCUUCUUCAGUCCUAAACUUUAAUAUUAUGGUUCCCAUUCAUAGGUGACCUGUCACACUUGCAUACUGCGACUGAGCGCAGCAACAAAUCAGCCUUAGUUCUUUCAGACUAAAGAAAUGGGUGAAAAUAGUCUGCAGCACUUUUUGUUGUGAUAUAAUUUAUUAUCAGUGCCACUUUGUUAUUCUUUCUAUAUGAUCUUAUGUGUCAAAUAUAUAUUUUUUGUUAAUCUUUGUGUUCUUAUUGCUCUCAAAGAGAGAUGUUAUUUUGCACUAGUGGAAAUUUAUUUUCACCUUAUUUCAACGGGAGCAAUCUGCUGUGGAGGUAGAGAAGAGUACAGGCCAAAUGAAUGGGAAACAUUAAUGUGUAUAUCAGUAGUACAGGACGCUGAGUCUUCUGAUAAUGAUUGUUAUGCGAGGGUACCGUGCUGCUUAUGUUAAGUUAAUUUUCCUGGGUGUGAAUGUCAUCAGUGAAGCAGUUGAUGAAGUCUUUGUAGAGACAGUUGGAAUACCAAAUCAACAGAACUCAACAUCGCUAGUUUAAAAACCUUGGGUAUAAAAUGGACCAAAAUGUCUCGGGAGGUGUUUGCUUUUGUCUGUCACGUUAAGCUUGGUGGAAGUGCUCGUAAUGGCAAUAUGAUUGCUGUAAAAAGAUUGUGGUGCAUAUAGAGUAGAUGUGACUUAAGUUUCAGGGUCAGUUCACCCAAAUUAGAAAAACUUUCUCACUUAAAUCUUGUGGCAUUGAGCCACGCAGAUAGUUUUGGUUUUAUUCCUAAAGGUUUUAAGAUGUAGGCGUCAAUGUGAUUUCUGCAUCUGCCUUGAUACAACAGAGGGGUAUGGAUUUUUGUUUGUGGUGCUCAAAGUAUCCAAAACAAUUUCCAAUGUAUCAAUUCCUGUUACUUUGGCUUUCUUUGGCAGAAAUAACUUCCUAUAAAAAUUUGUAUGUCAGAUUUUCAAAAAUAUCCAGCUCAAGCAAAGAUAGCUAACAUGUGAAUCAUUCAGAUGAAUUUCCAAGCAGCGUUCCUAAAUCACUCAGGUUAAUGUUACCGUAAGGUUGUUUUUUCAAACAGUCUUUCAGUUAUGAUUUUUCCAUCUAUGGUGUCUAAUUUAAAAUGUGUUUCCCCUCGUUCAAACAAUUUAGAAUGAAUUUAGAGUGAAAAGUGAAAAGCCCAAGUUCCCAAUGAAGUCUGUGGACAGUUUCUUUACUUAAAGCUAAUCAGUAUUUCUUCUUUAUCAAAGGGCCAUGGCACAAUUCCUGGCUCACCAACUGGCCCCCUGGCAAAAAUAAUUGGACGUUAACAUUACUGUCUGUGGUAUGUGCAUCUUUUGAAACUAGACAAACUAUAGCAUACAUUGGUACCAACCAUGUCGACAUAGCUAGUCAGGAAAGGGGCUAAAUAGCACCCCAAAAUGCGGCAAAUUUUUUGGCAAGGGAACAACUGGCAUGGAAAUUUUCCAAGGAGUACUUUAAACUCUCACGUCAAGAUAACUGAAUGAAAAUGGGUUCUGCUGGUACCCACGAGGCUCCCCUAAAUGUGAAAGGACAAUCUACUCCUUCAAAUUAAAGCUGUAUGUUUUCAGUCUAUGCACAUCAGAUAAUUAGUAAUAUUAACUGUAAAAUAAGAAACCAAAGUAUCAGUAUGCAACUUUCCAUACUGACAUAGUUUUCAACUAGCCUAUAUACUUAAACAGCAUAAUGGAAUCCCAUAAAUUCAGUUAUGACUUUUGCUUUUGGUGUGUGACUCCAAAAUUUCAGCCUCAUUGCUUCUGACUCUGUAUUUCUGUUUUACAGCCCACAGCUUCACUGUGUGGGUUCACUCUCAAUGAUCUCAUCAGCAUCAUUUUUAAACAUAGCAGGCAGGUGUUUUAUUAAAUAAAAAUCCCCACUGUACGCUAUCUGCUCUGCUCCAAAUGCCGACAGACAAAGUUAGUGACUAGUUGGUGACCAUAGUGGAGCAUUCAGCUGCGUGAUAGGCAGAGAUUUCCCUCAGGAGUCGGUGCAGAACAUUGGACUUACAUUUAUCAGAUGGCCAGAAACACGGCUCCACAUGAAUGCUAAUGUUGCUCCGUGUCUGCUAGAUGUAAAUGUUUGACAACAAAACAAAAUCUGACGGAAAUCUGAGAGACUAAUAUGAACACCUGAACACACAAACCAAGACUAUCUGCGUGGUUAUGUAGCACUUGGAGAAGAUAUGUGAAGAUACGUUGUUUCACAGUUUGGGUGAAGUGACCCUUUAAAUGAGGAGCCUGAAUAGAUAGGUGAGUUAGUGACAGAAGGCAAGAGUUUGAUCGAGAUACUCGGACUCUGGAGACAACCUUCUUCCAUCAUGUCGCCCUGUGGUUCACAUCCUGACCCGACCUGGCUUGAAAUGUGUGUUUUUCAGUCACCUCAUCCAGUCUGGGCAUCAUAUACAGUUGGACUGCUUUAAUCAAGCCAUAUAAAAACUAAAUGUCUUGUUAUUGGAAACCAUGUCAUAGCAUUACUGCUGGGGUAAUGUAAAUAUUGUAUGUGUGACAAAGUGUACCAUACUGUAUGUAGAGCUGACUGACUGAUCAAACUACCUAUGGAUGUGCAGUCAUAAACUGGAGCGACUGGAUGAUUUCAAUAAAGACUAGCUG